AUGGCGAACGUGGACGACAAGUUUGAGGCACCUGAGCCGACUUCCAUCGAGCUGAAUUCGGGAAAGGACAGCCAGACUACGCGCGUUAGCUUAUAUCCAGGACGUGCUGAGGUGACGCGCGUCUUCACCGUUGCUCUGCACUCUGGGCAGAACAAUGUUGUUCUCAAUGGGUUGCCUGCUGCGAUGGAUCGGCAGUCGCUGCGCGUCGAGGGUCGCGGCAAUGCUACCAUUCAAGAUGUAACUGUAGCUGACAUGCCAGCGCCUCCUAAGGGGGAGAACUCGUCUACCAGACUUGACGAGCUCAAUAGGACGAAGGCAACGACGAAGCAGGAUCUCGCGCGCGUCAAGAAGGCGAUCAGCUUCGCGGAGCUGUAUUUGGGAACGCUUUCCGUGCAGCACACCGAGGUUGAGAAGCUUGCUCAUAACAUCGGAGAGUACGAGAAGUUGAGCGCAGGGUAUGAUAGCAAGCUCCUUGACUUGGAGGCAAAGAUUGAGCAAUUGGAUGCUGAAAUUGCUGAGGAGGAGGAGAAGCGUAAGGGCCCAGCGUUCAGUGCUCAACGCGCGCUCUCGCAGGGGGUGCGCGUUACCGUCAGCCUGUCUGCCGAAGAGGAUACGAAGGAUGCGCAGAUCGUGCUUAUCUAUGGUGUGCGCGGCGCUUCAUGGAAAGCAAAGUAUGACAUCCGUGUCGAUUCGCAGAAUAAGACAACGCCCGUGACAAUCGUCUACAAGGCUGAGAUAGAGCAAUAUACAGGCGAGGACUGGACCAACGUUCCUCUUGUGCUCGAGACUAUAGCACCCGCACUCGGCGUCGCCAUUCCAGAGCUUGACACAUGGGACGUACAGCUCUUGCCGAUCGCUAAGCCUGCCUCGGAGUCAACCUCUUCUCUCUUCACGCAACGAGGCCCGGCUAGAAGUGCUCUAUUUGGUAGCAGCAGCACCCUCCCUACCAUGGCGCCACCCGCACCGCGGGCUCGGGCUCUGAUGGUCGCUGCCGCUGCGCCUGCUAUGGAGCACAGUGACGUUCAGGUCACCUCGCAGAGUGUCAUCAACACGACUUUCGACGUCCCGGGGCUGAUUUCCGUUCCAAGCGACAAGAAGACGCACAAUGUGACAAUCGCGAACUUGAAGCUGGACGCGCAAUUGCAGUGGAUCACGGUCCCCAAGAAGGAUACGAGGGUAUUCUUGAAGGCGAACAUUCGCAACGACUCGGAGUAUCCUCUUCUACCUGGCGAAUCGAGCGUCUACCUGGACGGGAGCUUUACCUCCCGGCCCAGGAUUCCUGCAGUCAAUCCACAGGAAAGAUUUGACUGUCCGCUAGGCGUCGAUCCGUCCAUUCGCGUCACGUACAAGCCACAAUACAAGAAGGCAUCCAAGUCCGCCUUCUACACCUUCAACAAAUCCUUGACGACGGAGUAUAGUCAGGAGAUUGAUGUCUUCAACGCGAAGAAUAUGGUGGUCAGUUUGAAGGUCGUGGACCAGAUACCGGUGGCGCAGGACUCAAAGAUCAACGUCAAACUGGUCAAGCCUGCCCUGUCUACAGCUCCGGCGGAUGCGUCGCAGACGGAGAAGCCCAAGGCCCCUAAGCCACUGAAGAUCUCGGAGAGCGUGAGUGCUCAAUGGGAUGGAGCGGACAAUCCCAAGCACGAGGCCGAGACGCUAGGGAAGGAUGGCAAAGUCAACUGGCUUUGCGACGUGCAGCCACAGAGCCAUGCUCAUCUCAUGUUGCGAUGGGAGGUGUCGUAUCCGGCGGAAGAGCGUAUCUUAGGAAUUUAG